GAAGGGCCGAAGCUCCCGAAGUGUCCUUCACUUCCGGUCGACUCGGCGGCAUGCGAAAGGCGGUCAUCCCACAGCUGGUUUAAAAGUGUUGCGAUUUCGCGUCGCUGUACUAACGUAGUAACCUAUAUUGUAGCUAUGUUGUAGCUGUUCUGUUGAUGGUCUCAAAUGCCGAAGAGGGGGAAUCCCUUUUUGGAUGACGUCCCCUUGCAGAGCAAGCUCUACGUAACAGCGAAAACUGUAAAUAAAUGUAGCGAAGAACGGAUGUCAACGGUUUACGCAAGGACAAUGGAACUGCUCUUCUCCGCUUCGGGCAAGGCCGAUGACAGGGCUUCAGGCCCUGCUCUUAAUGGGGUCCAGAAUGCAUCCGACAAGACUUCAGAGCAGUUCAGAAAAGGAAAGGAUUGCCCAUCAUGUAGCGGCAGGUCUGCAGUGGCAGCGUGUGCAUUCUGCGAACGUGCAGUGUGCAAGGAGUGUGUACGCCUGUGCUGCUCAUGUGGAAAUGGCUUCUGUCCCCUAUGUUCCCUCCUCAGGUACGGCCAACAGCAUGUACAAGCCGUAUGCCUGUCUUGCAAUGUGCCCGCAUAGCACGAUGUUUUGUACAAUAAAAUAUUAUUUCACUUUUG